AGCCCGGGGCCAGGAGCGCCUCCGAGCGGGAAAGGAUGGUCACUGGGUCACCCUCUGGGCACCUGACUUGGGGGCGGGAGCGGGGAAAGGAGGAGCAAGAGACCCGGAAUUUAAGAGUUUUCUGGUCUAGUUUUCCGGUGCUUUAGGCUUUUACCGCCCAGGACGCGGUUUCGGUGUCUGCCAAUCUUCACCCCCAGGACCCUCAGGAUGGCGAGAGUCUGGGUCUGCGUGGGAGGCGCCGUCUUUCUUUCCUGUCUGGUUUUGCAUUGGCGCUUCAGUGGCUCUCUGGUUCCAAGGACAUUUGCUUUUUACAUACCCUGGAGAAAGGAGGAUGUUCUUUUCCGGCUGGAUUUGGAUUGGCCCAAGUAUUCAGAAUAUUUCACUGGUUCGACAUUUUCUGUUGCAGUUGACCCCCUUAACGGGUUAGUUUACGUAGCUCAAAGAGGGGAUAACAUCCCCAAGGUGUUAGUGUUCACAGAGGACGGAUAUUUCCUCCGAGCCUGGAAUUAUACAGUUGACACACCCCAUGGUAUGUUUGUCUCCAGCACACCAUAUGAACAGUCCGUCUGGAUCACGGACGUAGGAAGUGGAUCCUAUGGUCAUACUGUUAAAAAGUACAACCCCCUGGGUGAUCUUGUUCAAGUCUUGGGUACCCCAGGCAAGAAAGGCACUGGCUUGAACCCACUGCAGUUUGAUAACCCUGCAGAAUUAUAUGUAGAUGACGUGGGAGAGAUUUACAUUGUGGAUGGAGAUGGGGGACUGAAUAACAGACUAGUCAAAUUGUCCCAAGAUUUCAUGAUUCUCUGGCUGCAUGGAGAGAGUGGAACAGGACCUGCCAAGUUCAACAUACCUCACAGUGUUACACUUGACUCACUUGGUCGGGUGUGGGUUGCCGACCGAGGAAAUAAAAGGCUCCAAGUGUUUGAUAAAGACACCGGAGAGUGGUUAGGAGCAUGGGACAGCUGUUUCACAGAGGAGGGACCUUCGGCUGUUAGGUUUACCCCGGGUGGGCAGUACUUGAUUGUGGCCCAGCUGAACCUCAGUAGGCUGUCAGUUUUGGCGGCACCGCCAUCCGGAAGCAUCGGAGAGUGUUCUGUGGUCAGCACCAUCCAGCUGGCAGAUCAGGUUCUGCCACAUCUUCUAGAAGUUGACAGGAAGACCGGCGCAGUCUAUGUGGCGGAAAUUGGGGCAAAACAAGUCCAAAAAUACGUCCCGUGGCACAGCCAUACCCCUGCCUUUGGAGCUUAGUGCCUCCUUCCCGAAGGAGCUUCAAGUAGCAGUUGAGAGCCGCAGAGUCACUGUGUUGAAAAUCAUCAAGGCACAGGGUCAUUUUUACCUCUUCUACCAGAGAAGUGUGUUGGUAUGUCAUUAAGGUCAUGUUUUUCUUGUGGUUCUUGGGACUUAGUUUUACAACUAAGUGUGUAAGAGGUUGUUUUUUUCCUUUUUGAUGGUCCUAGGUGUUGAACUCAUGGCCUCAUGCAUGCCAUGCUGAGCUGCAUCUUCACAUAAGCAGCUUUUAAAGAAAGAAGUGCAGUUCUAAAAUGGGGUCAUGACGGGAUUCUGUGAUUGUAACCACGUUACUUGUGUGGAUUGAUGAACUCUCUCUGGGCUCCUAGGGUAACCUUUUGAUUUCCUAUGAAGAACUGGAAACUACUCGUUUGUUUAACUUUUGUAAAAUGGACUGUGAGAGAUUGUGGUUGGGUGGGCUGCUGAGUAAUCUGAGGUGUGCAGAGUGCCAUGCCCGGUCUGGAGGUCUGAAGUGAAGCAGCAGCAUAAUCUGCCUUGUGGUCCAGCAGAGAGACAAGUGGGCAUGAAAACAGACAGGAGGAACCAUGCGGGGUGGAUUCAUGCAGACUGCAGGCAGUGGCAGCGUGGCCUGAGAUUGGCCACGAGAUGAAUGAGAUAGAGGCAACAUUACCAUCUAGGUGGAGAAGGCCUAAGACUUACAGACUUCCCAUGAAUUCUGAGGAAAAAAACCAAGGUUUUGGUCUCUUUUAGCUACAAAAUGCUUAAUGUCACCCUUUACAAGUAAGAUUACAACAGCCAGCAUCUAAGCACUUUACUAAAAUGAAGAUUUACCAAUGGUAUUUUGAGAGUGAGUGCUAGCAAUAAGUCUCCUCCUCAGUAUUGCCCAUUCCAUUUUUUAGAUUAAACUCACUUGCUAGUAGUGUUAAUCUACCUCCAAGACAUUUAGGGGAGUUAGAGCCAUUCACACAGAAGUGUGUCAAACGCUUUGAGGGAUCACAAUGAAUCUCCCUGCCUCUCCUGCUCUCGUCCUACCUGAAUACUGGUCUUCACAUGCAGGUUCUGUGCUUUUCAGUUUGUUCUGGUUUAUUCUAGGUUUUGAUGGACCCUUUCCCUCUCAAGGUCUUUCGCUCACCCAUCCCCUUUGCUCCAUCUCCAUCCCCUGCUGUCCCAGAGUUACAUGGGACAGCACCAGGGAAGCCUAAGCUAACUCUACUCCCCACCCUCUACCGCUCAAGGGGCUUGGGCCUGUUUAGGUGCGUGGGUCACAUACAGUGCGGGAGGAAAGUGAGCUUCCUGUUGAAAUGUGCUGCAUCCCAAGGCUCUUACAUGUGUCCCCGCCACUCAUCAGACUACGAUUCAGUAGUCACCUUAGUCUUCUUUUAGUAACAAGGGAACAUCAUUCUUUCCUCAUUCACUGUUGCAGUGUGGAUUGGAUACGUAGCAGGCACGGAUACCUGGAUCCCGGAGUGCAUUACAGGAUGUUCUGAGAUGGCCUUCCAACUGUCUUUGUCAUUACAUCACAUGCCAAGUUUGCCUGACUGUGUUCAGUGCGUCUACAGAAUGAGUCUUCAUAGGGUUUAUGCAUUUGCUAAUAUGACCAAUUGAUUUGGAUGAAAAAAAGAAGCGUGAAGCUUGUUUUGUUGGUGAGCCAGAAAAAAAAUGCAGCUGCCCCUUUGAGGGAGAGUCGGCUAGCUGAGCUGCCUUUGUUAUUUCUACAGUAUUUUCCUUAGCCUGUUUCUAUAAGCAAUGAUUUUUAUUGAGGUUUUUCUACAUAGACACAUCGUGUUUUGAUUGAAUCCAUCCUUCAUUCUCUCCCUUUCAGUUCCUUCUCACCCUCCAUCACAUUUCCUCCCAACUUCCUGUGCAUAUGUUCAUUCCGAAUGAACUUGGUGCUACCUGGUCGUGCGUGGGUAUAGGACAGUCUACUGAAGCAGGGGUAGUCCUUUAGGAAACACGCCCAUCAAAAGAUUCUCCCUCUACCAGCAGCCAUUAAUUCCCAGUAGCUAGCUUCUCAGCUUGGAGUAGGCUCCAUGAGCCCCUCCCCACUCUGUGCUGGGAUUUUGACAGGUGUGGUCUUGUGCGUGCCGUCAUGCUGUUGAGAGUGCUGUGUGCAGCAGCUUUCGUGUCCAGCACACGAUGCUUCGCUGCAGAAAUCUACCACUGCUGCCUUCUGUAGUGAUCCCUGAGGGUUCUGGGUGUUGGAGGUGAUGUAGAUGUCCCGAUUACACAGUCUCUUCUUAUUCUCUGUGUUUGGACCAGUGGCGUAAACAGAACCUCUAGAACUAUGAAUGCUAGCCAUAGAGAUGAAGUUUCCAGGCCAGUACCAGCUUGAUUUCUUCUUCACCCAUUCUUAUAAAACUUGCUGAAAAUAAUGUUCCUGUUUGUCUAAAAAGACAUGCUUAUUUGAUCAGUGUACUUGCAAUCAAAGUAUUUUACUCCUUGCUUUUGGAUCAAUUAGUUAAUAAAUAAGAAUUGUAUUUUCUAUUGGAACAUUAAAGUUUUGCAAAGAAAAAAUUAUAGAACUUGGUUACUUAUUUGAAGAUUGGUUCUUUUUUUUUUUUUAAUAAUAGAAGAAUUUCAGUGACCAUAAGAUCCCAGGUUGGUGAGUCUGGGCAUCAUGGUAUACAUCUAUAACUCAGCAUGAUGGAGGCUACAGCAAGAUCUUGGGUUACAGACCAACCCAGCUAUCGACUAAAAUUUGCUGCAUAAACCCAGGACUAAAGACAUUGCAGGAGCUAAGAGAAUUCUUUGUCUCUGUUCUCAUAAAGCAUGCAUUGAUGAGGUGUUUCAGCUAGCGUGACCUGGGCUUACAGGGAUGUGUGUGUUCAUGCCCUGCUUCUAUGUGGGUGGGAAUUUGAACCCAGGUCCUCAUGUUUACCCAGAAAGUGCUCUAACCCAUAGAGCCACCUCCUCAGUGUUACACAGUUGACACAUUGUUAAAGAUAUAUUUUUAUUAAUUCAUGUGUGUAUCCAUCUCUGUGUGUAUAUGUGCACAUGAGUGCAGAUAUCUAUGGAGACCAAAGGCAUCUGAUCUCCCUGGAACUGGAGUAGAGGCAGUUGUGAAACCAAACUCAAUCCUCUGCAAGAGCAGAAAGCUCUCUUAACUUCAGAGCCUUCUCAGUCCCGGGAGUCUGUAUUUUGGUGUAGAUAUGAAAUUUCUGGAUGCCUCUGCUCCCUAGGUUUAUUCUUGACAUGGAGAGGAGGAGGAAGUGGUUUUUACUAGAAAACCAAAGGCUGUGAUUAUUUUUCCUUCCACUCUAAUAAGAAUGAAUGAAUCUUUAAAAUGGAGUGCUUGACAGAGAAAACCUGGUUACAAUCUGAGCCAAAAACCACCGUGCAUGUAGCGGUCAUUAACUGCGUCCUGUACCAUGGCUGGAAGGCUGGGGCGACAGAAGAGGCUUGCUUUGCUUCUGGUUUUUAGAGGUUUUGGAGUGAUUGGGUAGCUAGUGGAACUGAGAACUCUUUAAAAUUUUAAUUCUUAGACUCACUAAAUUCAAUCAGAAUCAUUAAAAAAAAAAAAAAGCCCUGAACUUACGUGGGUGGAUUGUUUUAUUUUCAACUACAUACUCUCAGCAAUAAUCAAAUAAAAAUUUUGCAGUCAGAAUUUAUCAGCUUUAUUCAUUUUACAAAUAUCUGUUAUAAUGUGAAGGUUUUGGGACUAGUGUCCACGAGAGCAGCCAGCAAAAGGUGCCUAGGAACACAGAUUUUGUAUGCUCACCUUGAGGAAAUGCCUCAAUGUGCUUGCUUGCUCUCUCUCCCUCUCUCCCUCCUCGUUGGCACCUGUGUGUUACAGCCUCCACCCAGAAGAGGGCAGUAGAGCUCUGUGUAUGAUAGGCAUGUCUUGAAAUAGCUGGGGGCAAUACAAUGCCAGGCUUCCUUGCGCUCUUGAUUUUUUUUAAAUUGGAGCUACAGUAUCAAACACACUGUUUUCCCUUUGUUUCUAUAGCACGCUUAUAUCCUGAGGAAGCUGGUAGCUUAAUUGGUUUUUCUACAAUUAAAAGGGAAAAAGUUUUAAUUUGGUAAUUAAAAUAAAAUAAAAGUAGUAAAUAACAUAACAUUAGUAAUUCAGACUAACAGCCAGAAGUGAAUUAUCCAUCUUCCAGGUAGAGCUAUAGUUGGAGAGUGAGCUUAGUACAUAGGGGAUUCACGGGGUGAAUAUGCUGAAUUCUUGCUGAUUGGGUCUGUAAUUGUUGGUUAUUUUACAAACGAGAAAAGUGAAUUGCUUAUUUAAAAGGCCAAAUUCAUUUCUCUACCUGGUCCUUAGCCAUCAUAUGAGCUUAUGGCAUGAACUAAUUACCCAGUUGCCUCAUAACAUGUAGCUCUUCCUUCCACAUGCAAGAGUUGAGUGGAAGUUGACCAGUGUUUAGUCAUGGUCACUAUUACUGUGAUGAACACCAUGCCCCAAAACAGCUUGGGAAGGAAAGGGUUUAAUUGACUUAUACUUCCGUAUCAUUGAAGGAAGUCAGGACAGGAACUCAAGCAGGGCAGGAGCAUGGAGGCAGGAGCUGAUGCAGAGGCCAUGGAGGAGUGCUGCUUCCUGGCUUGCUCAUAAUGGCUUAUUCAGCCUGCUUUCUUAUAGAACCCAGGAUAACCAGCCCAGGGACUGCACCACACACAAUCGACUAGGCCCUCCCCCAUCAAUCACUAACUAUGAAAAUGCCCUACAAACAGGUUUACCUACAGCACAAUCUUAUAGAGGCAAUUUCUCAAUUGAGGUUCCCUCCUCCCAGAUGUCUAUAGCUCAUGUCAAGUUGACAUAAAUGCUAGUCAGCAAAAUUGACCCUUUGUCAGCUUGGCACACAAAUGCAUUGCUCUUAAGCCAUAACCUUUCCUUUUUUGUUCACCCACAAUACUGCACAUUAAUAUCACAAUAUAAAAAAAGUUACAAACUUAUAAAUCUCACAGUCUUUACAAACACUUUAAAAGUUGUCUCUUUAAAGAAAUCUAAAGUUUCUUUAUAAAAACUCAGAAUCUCUCAACCAUGGGCUCUUGUGAAAUCAAAAUAAGCUUAAUUAUUUCUUAUGCCAAGAGGGAAGAACCAGGGCACAGUCACACAUCAAAGCAGAACCAAACUCCAAAGUGUAAAAACUCAGUGUUUCGUGUCUGGAUUCAUUCACAGUCUUCUGGACUCCUUCGAAGGGCCCAGGUCACUUCUCCAUUUCCACCCUCCACAGCACACACAGCUUGUCUCCUCAGCUCUGGCUGGCUCCACUCCACAGCUGCUGCUGUCCUUGGUGGUCGUCCCAUGGUACUGCCAUCUCCAAAAUGCUGGGGCCUCUUGCUGCAGCUGGGCUGCACUUUCACCAGUAGCCUCUCCUGGGUUCUCUUCGGGGACUCCAGCCCUGCCCCACACUGUGAAGCCGCAGCUGUUCUCCAUGACCCUUCAUACCUUUAAAACCAGUACUACGGGGAAGACUUAUACUAAAUAUACUACCAAGUUUGGCUGCUAGCAAAAGGUGCCUCUGGAACACAGAUUUUGUGUGCUCACCGUGAGGAAAUGCAGUGCUGUGGUCUCUCUCUCUCUCUCUCUCUCUCUCUCUCUCUCUCUCUCUCUCUCCCUCUCUCCUAAUAGAAGGAAGCAUUUAAUUGGGCUUACAGUUCAAGAGGGUUAGAGUCCAUUAUGGUCAAGUGAAGGUACAGGUUCAGGAACAUCUGGGAGCUCACAUCUUUGACUGCAAGCAGGAGGCCGAGAGGGCACACUGAGAAUGGCAGGCGACUUUCAAAACCCUCACAGCCUGUCCCCAGUGACACGCUUUCUCCAACAAGGCCAAACCUCCUGCUCAAACACUUCCAGCCACUGGGGACCUAGUAUUCAAACAUGAGCCCAUGGGUGCCAUUCCCACCAAACCACUACACACACUUCCUGUUAUUCACUCAUUUCAAGAUGAAUGUCUAGGCUGCUUCCAUAUAGGGUUGUUGAAAAUGGAACAAUGUACAUAAGAGUGUAACUGUCCCUAAACCAUACUGGCUUAAAUUUCUUUGGGCAUAUAGCCAGAAGUGGGGUUUCUGAAUCAUAUGGUAAUUCUAUUUUUAGUUUUCGGGGUAACUUCCAUACAUAGUAUUUCAUAUAAUGGUUGUUAUAAUAACUUAAAUUCCUUCUUGCAUGUAUGACCUGUGGUUUUAUUUUCUCCACAUCCUUUCCUCUUUUUUUUCCAGCAUAACAAGGCAUAAUGAUUUACUGAUAACUCUUUUUUGUUAGAAGAAGGGACGCUUUAAAAAAAAAAAUGGUAAGCUAUUUUGUAUCAAAUACGUAAAGCCACAACGAAGCCAUGUGCUAUCAAGUAUUAUGCACUACACAAAAUUGUAUGUGUGACUGGCACAUGGGAGGUUUGUUUUAACCCAGCCUCACUGCAGACAGACAUGCCAUCCACUGAACUGCAGCAUCCCUGGGGGUAGGAUGUUUUCUGCUCCACUAUGAGUCUCUGGGACCGCUGCUGUACGUGCAGUCCAUGUUUGUCGGCCAUGCCGUUAAGUUCAUGCAUGCUUUAGAAGUGCAAAGCUCUGUCUGGUAUGCAGUAGAUGCUUUAAUAUGUAAACGCUUGAUCAUAAUUUCCUCUUGAAGGCCUAACACACUUUGCUGCUCUGUGAAGGUGAGCCCUCACCCCUGAGGUGCAGAUAUUGUCAGAGCCACUGCACUGAUGGCUGAAGUAAUACUAGCCUUUUGCCAUCCUGGGACCAUCUCUGGGCCAGUCACGUGUUUCCAGUCUGCUUUCAACCUUUUCCUCAUUUCUGGCGUCUGCAUUACCUACCCCCCUUUUAUUGAGAGUAGUUUUUCCCCUCCUCAUAUAAUAUAUCCUGAUUAUAGUUUCCCCUCCCUCUACUCCUCCCAGUCCCUCCCCAGUUCCACCCCUAUCCUUUCUGUCUCUCGUUAGAAAACAAAUAGGCUUCUAGGGAUAAUAAUAAAAUAAAACAAAACUAAUACAUUGGAAAAAGACAAAAGAAAUAAUCAGAAGGAAAAGAGACCAAGAAAAGGCACAUGAAACAAAUAUAGAUAGAUGUAGAGACCCACUCAUUCCCACACUCAGGAAUCCCAUAAAAACACUAAACUGGAAGUCAUAAUAUAUACUCAGAGCACAAUCUUUCUGCCUGCUCUCCUGUGGGGCUUCCUGAACCUGAGAACAGGGAUUUGAUGAAGACAUCCCAUUUAGGGCUGAGGGUUCCGAGGUCUCUCGCUCUCUGCAUAAGGCCUGGCUGUGGGUCUCUGUAUUUGUUUAUAUCCUCUGUAGGAGGAAGCAAGGCAUUGCUCUAUGAGUAUAGCAGAAUGUAAUUGGGAGUCAUUUUAUUGCAAUUUUAAAACAAACAACAAUAUUGUCUUGUUGUUGUUUGUUUUUGCUCUUUUUGCUACCCAGCUCCCAAAUAAAUCACACACGGAGGCUUAUUUUUAAUUAUGAGUGCCCAGCCUUAGCUUGACUUAUUUCUAGCCAGCUUUUCUUAACAUAAAUUAUCCUGCCUCUAGGCUUUUCUCAUUCUCUUACUUCUGCAAAUCUUACGCUGUGGCUUGCUGUCUAGCUGGGUGGCUGGCCCCUGGAGUCCUCCUCCUUCUCUGGCUACUUCCUUCUUCCUCCCAGAUUUCUCCUAUUUAUCCUCUCUGCCUGGCAGCCCCACCUAGUUCUCUCUCCUGCCUCGCUAUUAUCCAUUCAGUUCUUUAUUAGACCAUCAGGUGUUUCAGACAAGCAAAGUAACACAGCUUCACAGAGUUAAACAAAUUCAAUAUGAACAAAAGUAACACACCUUAAUAUUCUACAACACUGUCUCAUUUCAUAUAUGUUUAUAUUUUAAGAAGCUUCUACUGUAUUAGGUUUUCAUACUAUCCCUCAAGUGGCUCUCAAUUUCAGUUGUCCCUCUCCUCAAAUUUCUUGCUUCAUCUCCCUCUCCUGUACCCAUUUGAUCCUUCCAUUCUAACCCUACCCUCUCAUCUGUCCAUAACUAUCAAGCCCCACCCUCUCAUCCAUCCAUAACUAUCAAGCCCCACCCUCUCAUCCAUCCAUAACUGUCAAGCCCCACCUCUCAUCCAUCCAUAACUAUCAAGCCCCACCCUCUCAUCCAUCUAUAACUAUCAAGUCCCACCCUCUCCAUCCAUAACUAUCAUACUCCACCUUCUCAUUCAUUCAUAAUUAUCAAUUAUUUCCCUUUCCUAAUGAGAUCUGUCUAUCACCCUAGUCCCUUACUCUAUAUCUCUAUGGUUCUACAGGUUAUAGACUUUACAGCUAUUAUCCACAUAGAAGUUAAUAAAACCAUAUUUGUCUUUUUGUGUCUGGGUUACCUCUCUCAGGAAGAUUAUUUUCUAGUUCCAUCCAUUUACCUGUGUAUUUUAUUGUUUCAUUCUUUUUAAUCAGCUGAGUAAUAUUUCAUUGUAUAACUACCACAUUUUCUUUACCCGUUCUUCUGUUGAGGGACAUCUAGCUUGUUUUCAAUUUCUGGCUGUUAUGAAUAGAGCAGCAAUGAAUGUGGUUGAGCAAGUGUCUCUGUGGUAGGAUGGAGCAUCCUUUGGGUAUAUGCCCAAGAGUGAUAUAGCUGGAUCUUGAGUAGAUCAAUUCCCAUCUUCCUGAAGAACCACCACACUGAUUUCCUUUGUGGCUAUACAAGUUUACAGUCCCACCAGCAAUGGACAAGUGUUCCCCUUACUCUAUGUCCUCACCAGAUGCUGGCCUCUUCUUAAUCACAGCUGAUUCUUCAGCUCCCGAGGACCAGUAUUGAUUGUCCUAGCAAAGCAAAGGUUUCACUUCAGUGAUGCUGGUGUUUUGUCAUGGUUGUCAGGAAUCAUGAUUGGUUCCUCAGACCCAGUUCACCAGAACCACGGAUCCUUAUUCAAAACAGCCUUCCCUUAGCCCUAUCAUCACACUUGUAAACAGUGAUAGCACUCUUCUUUAACCCGUGGUUGAUAAAGAACUAGCAUGUGUUAGGUGAGCCAAGUCUUUAAAAGGACAGGUUCAUUUGCAUGUGUCAUGGCAGGUUGAUGUCACAUGCCUGCUCCUCAAUGUUUUGCCUGUUUUUCUACUUUAUUCCCAGGACAGAAAAUGUUCUUAACUGGAGUUAGUUACUAUAGUUUGGGCCACAAAAAGAAAAUUUCUACAUGGUGUUUUCGUACAGAUGAUCACAGCCACCAAAGCUUAAUGCUUUGUAACAUCUUUCAUCACAGCCAAGGAGGAGUUAAAUGUUGGAUACUUAUUAUACUUAAAUGAAAUGUCUGUUUUAAGUCAACUCAUGGGACUUAUGAACGAAUGAUAAGAUUAAAAAAUAUUUAAAAGAAAGGAAUAGAGCAUGUUUUAAUCUAUAUUCAUUUUCAAUAAAAAUACUUCUUUACAGGGGAGUACACACUGGUGGAGUGAGGUGGGUCUGUGGAAGGCCAGGUAGUAUAUAGUAUAUAUGGCACUGGCAAUAUGGGGAGGGGGGGGUCUUCAACUUGAUUUUGAUUUUAAUGGAAAUGCCAGUAGUUCGUCAACUAAUGAUGUUUGCUUUAAAUUUAGGCAAUUGCAUUUAAACCAUUCUUUGAAUUUCCUGUAAUUUUAUUACGAUUGCUUUCACAAAUGCCUUUGGCACAGAUGUAGACCAUGUGUUGAUGUUAGGAGUGUUGAGACAGCACCCUGUUUGGAGCUUUUCUCUUUGAAACAAAGAUGGCAGCAGAGUUCUGUUCCUCUGCUCUCCAAAAGGAAUUUGGGUUUCCUGCCUAUAAAAUAUUUAGAAUUCAUUAAGAUGGAGUGAGUCAUGUCAGAAAUCGUAUUGGAAGAUAAAAGAAUAUUUUCUUGUAACCCAGAUUAAGCCUGUAGCAGUGAGUAGCUUUGACAUAGAAGGAGAUGCAAAUAUAUAAUCAUCACCCAAUGAAAGUGGAUCUAGUUUCUAGAAAGUGGAAGCAUUUGUUUAUUUUGCACACAUUCUUACAGGUGAAGCGAAGAAGCACAUGUUCAAGCUUUAAUACACCAGGAAGGGCGGUGUGUUUUUUGUGAUGAAGAGUCAAGAAUGAACUCGAAGGGGGGGGGGGGGUCUUUAAAUGAGGUGGAAAAAGAAGAACAAGUGCUCACAUUUGGGGUGUGUGAUGGUUGAUAUUGAUUAUAAGCUCGACAGGAUUUAGGGUCACCCAGGAGACAAGCCUCUGGGUAGGGCUGUGACGGUGUUUCUGGAUUGGGGUAACCAAGAUGGGACAGUCCACCUUAAAUGUGGACACCGCCAUCUCAUGGGUUGGGGUCCUGGACGUUACACACAUCACUAAGUGGAUGCCUAGUCUUUGGCACUACCCAAUAAAAGCAACGAUACCAAUGUCCCGAGUCUCUGUCCUCCAAUGUGGUGGCCCCCAGCUUGUGUGUUUAGUGAACACCUGUUCUCCAGCCUGUAUGCUGGGGAGACUGGACUUUCUGCCAUAUUUUUAUUUCAGUUAUGCGUGGCUGCUGUACCAGACCACAUAGCAAGUGGUUCUUGGUUUGUCAUAAGAACAUAAUUUGGCUGUCCUCAGUUUCUUGGUAGUGUAAGAGUCAUCUAGGUCUGGUUUAAAAGGCACGAAGGGCUCAUGGAGAAUAGCUGAGGCUGGCUUCACACUGCGUGGCUGGGCUGGAGUUCCCAAGAGAGCCCAGGAGAGGCUAUUGGUGACAGUGCAGCUCAGUCACAGCAAGGGACACCAGCAUGUUGGAGUUGCCAGUACCCUGGCACAGCCACCAAGGCCAGCAGCAGCAGUGGAGUGGACCACCGGAACGCAGAAGGCAAGCUGUGUGGGCUGCAGAGGCCAGAGCCGGAGAAGUGGCCCAGCCCCUUGGAGGAGCCCAGAAGAUCGUGAGUGGAUCCUGGACAUUGGACACCGAGUCAUUUAUACAGUUGGAGUUUGGUUUUGCUUUGAUUUGAUUGUGAGUGUGCCUUGACUCUUCCCUUUUGAAAUAAAGUUUAAAUUUUUAA